CCCAAAUCAACUAGGAUCCAACAAACUGGGGCAACCGGCCAAGUUCCGCAGGAGAGUAGAGAGGCAAGAGCAAAAUGGCGUUGAGGCUGUCCAUGCUAAGAAAUGCGGCGGCGGGCAACGUCGCGGGCAGCUUAGGCCUCCGGAGGUGGGUCCACACCGUUGCCCAACCAGCACCCCUUCACGGUGCUAUGGACAACUUCACCACCACAUCCCCGCCGUUGGUUCUCCCCGAGUCCGGUAACACCUCCACUGAAAAGAGCAUCGGUUUUCAGUUUCCGGGCUUCUCUUUCAUCGACGGCUCCAUGGAGCUCAUGGCUGUCCCUAAAAGGAAGGUCUCUCCACACAAGAGAGGAAUAAGAAAUGGACCAAAGGCUCUGAAACCUGUGCCAGUAAUCGUGCGUUGCAAGGUAUGUGGUCGAGUCAAACUACCACAUUUCUUCUGUUGCAGUGGAAUAAAGCCAAGCCCUGGUGAACAAAAUUGAUCAACAAAGUGAGAGUUUUAGUUUGCGGAUCUCUAGAGCAUGAUCAAUAUCCAUGGUUCUGUUCAUCUUUCAUGCGUUUCCCGUGAAAGGCCACAAGAUUUUGUACAAGAUCUUCUCUUUUUCAUGUAAUCUUAGGUUAACGUGGGGGCUGGCUGCAAGAUCACGUUUGUCAGUGUUAACUAGAAUUCUGCUGCUAAUAUGAAGCACUGAUGUUAGCAUUCAGUAUAGACGACUCCCAUGAUUUGUACAAACAUUCUGGUUCUACAUUUCGAUAUUGAAUAGAGACUUCGGGGAAGGGUAAUAAGUCGUAAUACCAAGACUUCAUCAUUCGUGUCGUAA